UACUAGCAAUAGCAGGCAAGCAGAGUGCAUCGCAAAUUUGGGCAUCAAAGCGGUGCGUAAAAGCUGCAUCCUUGCGCGUUUGCGACGCACGGAUAACACCUGCAACUCCAGCGAUUUUGGACCGCAUUCAUUCACUGUACAGAGAAAGCAGUGCUUGCCGCAAGUGCAGUGCAGAAUUAACAACAAUGCGCAACCUACUCGCCAUCAUCGCAAGUGCAAAGGCAUUAUCCAUCGGCAUCGAUUUGGGAACGAGCACGAGCUGCUGCGCCGUCUACCGCAACGGCGCGCCCGAGCUCGUGCCGAGACGCGUCGACGGCAAGCUCCUGACGCCGUCGGUCUGCGUCGUCUCUUCUGAUUCUAUAAGGCUCGCAGAACCGCUCACUACACUAAAUGACAACGAAGUUUUAGUAACGAGCUGGAAGCGCGCCAUUGGAUUGGAUAAGGCCACAGCAGCAUGGCGCGUCGAAGAGCCCACGAAAAAGCGACUACGAUUAGAUGAUGGUUCAACAGACGAAGAUAGCUACGUCGGCGUCAUGACAACAGUCGGACGCGUCAAGCCCGUCGACUUGUCAUCAUGUGUCCUGGAUUCAUUGCUAACGGACUGCGAGACUUUCCUAGGAGAACGCCCGAAGAACGCUGUGAUAGGUGUGCCCGCGUGUUUUUUACCUUCACAGAGAAGAGCGACGGAGGCGGCAGCAUACAAAGCUGGUUUACAAAAGGUACAAAUUGCGAAUGAACCCGAAUUAGCGGCGCGCGCGCACGGCACAUCCCAAAAAAAUGAUGAGAGGCUGGCCAUGGUCUUCGAUCUGGGCGGGGGCACGCUCGACGUGUCUUUAGUUGAUGUGGGCGGGCGCACCGCAGAAGUCAUUUCCACUGCUGGUGAUUUGAACCUCGGGGGCGAUGACUUUACGAGGGCGGUUAUCGAUGUGGACCCGUCUUUGACUAUAUCUGAGGCCGAGCGCGUGAAGAUCGAGCUCACUACGCAGAAAAAUACGGAUACUGUGACUCGCUCGGACCUAGAAAAGGCCUCCUCCAUACUCUUAGAAAGAUGCUGUGAUGCGGCGCGCGAGGCGUGCGUGCUGGGCGACGCGCGUUUGGAAGGAGACGAGCUUUCCGACGAGGCGCCUCCCGCAAGUACGCGGGCGAAGCGCCGCAAGCAGGCGAAGCAGUCGCAGCGGGCUCUGGACGACCUCCGAAAGGCGGCGCCGAACAUCAAGAUCGUCCCGCAGCAGGGGUCGCGCACCGUCGACGAUUUGGUGCUGGUGGGGGCCGCCACCAAGAUGCCCUGCGUCCAGAAGUGUUUGUCGAAAUUGACGGGCGUGCCUUAUCGGAAAGCGGUCGAUCCCGAUAGAGCGGUGGCGUUCGGCGCCGCGCUGCAAGCUAGAGCGAACGACGGUGAAGUUGCGGCCGAGGACGACUUCGUGGUCGUCGGCGCGUUCCAGGCUGAAGUAUUAAGGCACUUCGCCCAGGCCAAUUCUGUUGAUGACGAGGACCUCGGGGCCCUCGAGGACGAGGACGAUGAUUUCGAGGCCUACCUCGAGGACCUGGACGAGGUCGACGAUGAGGAGUUCGAGCGGUUGUUGGCACUGGCUGAGGAGGGCGAGGAGGAGGAGUUCGUGGACAUCGACGGCGAGGAAUUCGACAAGCUAGGUCUGUAGCGCCUACAUCUCGUCGAUGGCGUGGACGGGAAGGACGCCGUCGACGCGAUUCUCCGAGCGUCAACGCGAGUGUAAUGUUGUGAACUUCUUAGGCAGCGACUAGC